UCCAGAGCAUAACUCAAAAUGCUUAUGAGAUAUCAACAUGAAAGUUCAUAGGUGGAUAGAUCUCACUCAGGAGGUGUGCAGUGCACAAGAAUGAUAACUCUACCUUUCAUAAUUUUUGAGUUAUUGCCCUUUGUUAUUUUUCAUACUUAAUUUUUCACCUGAGUGGAGCAUAACUCAGAGUCUUUGAGAUGUCAACAUGAAACUUUAUAGGUGGAUAGAUCUUAUUGAGGAGGAAUGCUGUGCACAAGAAUGAUAACUCUUCCCAUUAUAAUUUUUGAGUUAUUGCCCUUUGUUAUUUUUCAUACUUUUUGUCCAGAGCUUAUCUCAAAAAGUGUUAGAGGUAUCAACUUGAAACUUCAUAGGUGGAUAGAUCUCAUUGAGGAGGAGUGCAGCACACAAGAAUGAUAACUCUACCCUGCAUAAUUUUUCAGUUAUUGCCCUUUGUUAUUUUUCAUGCUUAAUUUUUGUCCAGAGCAUAACUAAAAAAGCCUUUGAGAUAUCAACAUGAAACUUCAUAGGUGGAUAGAUCUCAUUGAGGAGGAGUGCAGCACACAAGAAUGAUAACUCUACCCUGCAUAUUUUUUUCAGUUAUUGCCCUUUGUUAUUUUUCAUGCUUAAUUUUUGUCCAGAGCAUAACUAAAAAAGCCUUUGAGAUAUCAACAUGAAACUUCAUAGGUGGAUAGAUCUCAUUGAGGAGGAGUGCAGCACACAAGAAUGAUAACUCUACCCUGCAUAAUUUUUCAGUUAUUGCCCUUUGUUAUUUUUCAUGCUUAAUUUUUGUCCAGAGCAUAACUAAAAAAGCCUUUGAGAUAUCAACAUGAAACUUCAUAGGUGGAUAGAUCUCAUUGAGGAGGAGUGCAGCACACAAGAAUGAUAACUCUACCCUGCAUUAUUUUUCAGUUAUUGCCCUUUGUUAUUUUCAGCUAUCAGUAUUCACAUAGGUUUCAAAUCUGUAAUCACUUCAGCCAUCAGUUUUCAUUACCAAAAGACCUCUUAAAAUUGAAUUAUUCUGCUCUACUACAUAUAUAUUUUUCCAAUGAGCAAACACAUUCGACGAGGGAUGGCCAUGUUGACAUGGCUCUUGUUAACAUGAAAAUGUGAAUUCGGUAAUAUCUUUACAAAUAAUGCUUUUUGAACUUACAAUAUUGAUAAAUCUUCAUUUAACAUUAUAUUUAUGAUAUAAAAAAAUUAAAAAAAUUGAGGUACAGGAUUUUUAUUUUCAUGCCGUUCAAGUGAAAAGAUGUCACCUUUCAUGUCAGUAAGGCUGAAGCAAAAAAUAAACAAAACUAGAAGGAGUUUUUGUCACAAAAACGUAUGUCUCCCAAAACAAAGUAUAUUCGUAACUGAUCACUCUUGUAAAUUUUGUGCUUAAGAAAACAUGUUUUCAGUUCAAUGGCAAAUUUUAUGACCAGAUAUCAGGAAGAACUAUGUGAACAAAAUGCGCACAUAGUUAUAUGCAAUAAUAUUUAUGGCAUACUUAGAGUCAAGAUUUCUACAAAUACAAAAACCACUUGUCUGGUGGAGAUAUAUAUAGAUGACAUCUUUAUGAUUUGGCCACAUAGUAGACAGGAAUUGAAUAUUACGAAGAGGACUACCUGGAGAAAGGGAAAGAAAUAUUUUAGCUUGAUUUUUUUCAUGAAAUAUUGUUCAAUCCAACAUUAAAAAAUGUUUCAAGAACUUGACUCCAGAGAAAAAUCAUUGAUGUUAUCAGAGGUGUUAGAUGACAUUGGUGUCAAUGAAAGAAUAGUGAUGAGAAGGAGAAGAAAUUGCAUGCUGCUAGAGACUAUGUGUAAUAUCAAUCGGACUUUAAGUGAUAUAAAUCAGACUGACUAUUAUCUAGGGAGUCAGAUUGAAGGUACAACUACUGAAGGACUCAAGUCAGACUAUGAUAUACUACUCUGUACACACAAUGUCAAUAUAAUGCAAGACAGGUUAGAGUGGAAAAAAGGCAAGUUAAACUACCUUAUUAUACAGGAUGAGAACACUACCCCUGGUUAUUGUUUCUUACAAAAGUUCGAAACAUAUUUACAUCUUCCUGCAUCUGUUAUUCCUGAUAAAAACCAUAUUACUGAUGGAGAAGGGAGAAUAUUGUUUAAAAACACAAUGAUAACUGAAAUGGUUGAGGAUGGAGAGCAGCAGCAUGGACCAGCUAUUGCUGAUAUAAGAACUGGAUUCUGUGAUAGUGACAAAGUAGUUGGUUAUUUAUGUAAAUCUUGGCCUCAAUCAGCAGCAGGUUGGUUACAUAGACAGGGUAUUGGUAGUUGGCCAACACAAGAGAUGAGAAGAUAUGCAGCCAGUACUGGGUGUUUUGUUGUUCCAACUGGAAGUAAGGUCAGUAAAUAUCCUGACCGGGAAUGGAGAAUAUCUACAUCACUGGCAGAAAGGUGUCUUAUGUUUAGUCUAAAUAUUACACAAAUAAGGUGUUAUGUGCUACUGAAAAUGAUUCUUAAGUCCUUCCUUAAUCCUAAAGCUGAAAUCAAUAUAUCAAGUUUUAUGUGUAAAACAGUUCUAUUACAUUGUAUAGAAAACACAGACCCAAGGGCAUGGAAAGAUAACAAUUUAUUUACAUGUUUAAAAAACUGCUUAUUGGAAUUAGACAGUUGCAUACAGAAUGACUGUUGUUCACAUUUCAUUAUACCGGAAAAUAAUUUGAUGGCAGGACAAUUUACAGCUGAGUCAAAACAAGAACUUUCCAAAAAUAUUGGUGAAUUGAUACAGAAUGAUGGACAAAGGUUACUUAGUAUUGGUAUUGAUGAUCUUGGUCUUAGACUUCAAUUUAAGCAGAACAUUGAACUACAUGGUAAUUACCCUUUUCCUCCUUCUCUUGAAAUAUAUGAUGAUGUUUUGAUCUUGGGAUAUAUAAACAUUGCAAAUGACAUAAGUGCCAACCAUAAGAUAUUUUUAAAACGUUUUCAGAAUAAAAACAUUACCAGUAGAACAAUAGAGCAAUCUGUAGGUAAACUAAUGACCUUCAGUGAUAAUGGUAAUAGAUUAGAACAUGCUGCAUUCAAGUUACUUGCACCUUUUCAUUUUACCACAUAUGGAUCUAUCCUAGCAUCAUCCAGCAUUGGAGAAAAUAAACAAGUGUCACGUCAAGCAUUGGAUUGGCUAUCAGAUGGUUCAAACUCAGAUAUCUCAUCAAGCAGACUUAAAUUAGCUUCAUUGUUCUACUGUACUAGAGAAAUGGAAAAAGCUGAAAAACUUCUGAGACACACUGAACAACAAUAUAACUCUAAUCCUGUUUUACCUUUCUGUAGAUGUUGGAAUAAUCCUCGACGAGCAGUACCAGCAGAUUUUGUGAGGAGGGUACGUAGUGAUCAAAGUGAGGACUAUAUCAAAGAUAUUACAGCAUUUUGCGUCAGAUUUAUACAUAAAGAGAUUAACUGUGUUCCUCAUGAACUACAGUAUGAAAUGUUCAGAUCUACACAAGAUAGCAUGAUACAUGUACACAGAGAUGAACUAUUUGACUCAUGGAUGGACUGGGCUGUAGUUGAUUCUCUCCCUUUCCUGUACUUCCUACAAUACAAGAUCUUUGGUCAUCUACAAAAGCAUCAAGAUCAACAACAAGCACUUAGUAAACUUGAAAGAACAAUAGAAACUGAUAAAAAUCUUGGACAUAAAGAAACAGCUCUAAACAUUUUAGGACAAUGUAUGGAACAAGAAAACAGACCUCAGCAGGCAUUAAAAUGCUACCUGCUUUCUCUUCAACAAAGGGCAAAGCACAAUGUAGCAAUCAUACAUAUAUGUAAAUUCCUUUCAAGCAUAUUGACUAGGCAAUGAAAUGGCAGUAUUAAGUAUCACUAUCAAUGAUCAUAUACUGAUUGUCUCUAUCAAACAGAUUCAAAUGUCAAAAUAUAGACCUUUUAUCAUUCUUGAAAUCACA